UCUCUGGACCGGCUGUCCGCAGUGGAGGAAGCUGGAGACGGGGAGCUUCCUCACACAAUACUGUAAAUUCCGAACGGAUUGCUAAUGAGAUGCAAUAUAUGGAAGGCGAACUGUACAGAUUGAAUGAUUGACAGCAUGGCGUCAAAAAGCUACCCCAAACUCCAGCAAGCUCUCCCUGCACGAACAGCUUUAUUCCAACAGAAGGAUGGUAAAACAUACAGAAUUCCUGCUCUUAUCUACAUCAGUGAUGGUCAGACUUUCCUUGCCUUUGCUGAAAAGCGCAAAUCUCCACGUGACAGUGAUGCAGAAGUGUUGGUCAUGAGGAGAGGCUCACUGCAAAAUGGAUCCCUUCAAUGGUCUCCUGUUCAGACACUAUCUUCUGCCUGUUUGAAAAAUCAUCGCACUAUGAAUCCUUGUCCAGUCUAUGAGAGGAAAUCCAAAACCAUCUAUCUGUUCUUUGUCUGCAUAUCGGGUGAAACCACAGAGUAUCACCAGAUUGCUACGGGUAGGAACCAAGCCCGGCUGUGUUACAUUACUAGUACAGACUAUGGCCAGAACUGGAGCAAGUUAACAGAUUUAACAGAUAGUGUUAUCGGAGAUGAGAUUUGCAACUGGGCUACUUUUGCAGUUGGACCAGGACAUGGGAUUCAGAUGAAAAGCGGAAGACUAAUCAUUCCAGCUUAUGCUUAUUACAUACACUGUAGGUGUUUUCCCUUUCAUUUUCCACUCAUAGUCAGGUCUCAUGCUUUAUCAUUCUAUAGUGAUGAUUGCGGUGUCACCUGGCAGAUGGGUGGGAAAAUCCAAAUGAAAUCCUGUGAAUGUGAAAUGGCUGAGAUCAUAGACCAUGCUGAUCGGAGUCAUUUGUACUGCAAUGCCCGUAGUACACGUGGCCAUAGAGUAGAGGCUUUAAGUGAAAGCAGCGGAGCAGCUUUUGACAAUCCUCACGUUGCAAAGAAACUGGUGGAGCCCCAUCAUGGCUGCCAAGGUAGCGUGUUGAGCUUCCCUGUGCCCGAGCUGUCGGAGGAAGAGGAGAAGAAACCAAGUGAUUGCUUGACGCAGUCAGACACAAAAACUUGGUUACUCUACUCUCAUCCAACUAAUAAAAAGAAAAGGAGGGAUCUUGGAGUUUACUUGAAUAAAUCACCCUUGAGUUCUUCUGGUUGGAGCCGACCAUGGAUCAUCCAUAAGGGCCCCAGUGGAUACUCGGACUUGACGCAGUGUGAGGAGCGAUUUGCCUGCCUCAUGGAGUGUGGAGAAAAAAGUGAGAUUGAAGAGAUAGCCUUUGUAGAAUUCAAGCUCAGCGAUGUAUUGUGCACUUGAAAUGAUGAAAGAGUAAAUGAACUUUAUUAGGA